UCGAGUUCUCAUCAUAAAACAACAAAAUUAGUUUUUCAUCGAUAGUUUUGAUUCUUAUUCAAGUUUUAACUUUGCCAAAAUCAACGUAAUUGAUUAAAAGAACUUCAGGCCGAAAUCAACGAUGAGCAACAAGGUAUUUAAAAUAAAAAACCGCUUGCAAAUCAAUUCCGACGAAUUUUACCUCGAUCCGAAUUCGGCCGAUGUGAAUUUUGUGUUUGGUAUUGGAACUGAUCACGUUGAAUAUGUCCCAGCUCAUCGAAUCAUUCUGUCUGUCGGAAGCUCUGUGUUCGAUACCAUGUUCAAUGGUUCAUUACCCGAAAAAAGUGACAUCUCAAUCGGCGAUACAUCUGCUGCGGUGUUCAAGGAAUUCCUGCAACUUUUCUAUUUGAACAAAGUGCAACUCUCACCCGAACACAUCGCCGACGUUAUCAAUUUGUGCAAGAUGUACGAGAUGGCCGAAGCGUUGAAAAUUUGUGAGGCUGCAUUGCAAAGUUUACUUAUCAUCGAUGACAUGUGCUUUGGCUAUGCAUUGGCCAUUCUAUACGAUCUAACCAGCACGAUUGAAUUCUGCGAGCAAGAGAUCGUACAAAAUGCCAGAAAGAUUUUUUGUUCUGCCAGUUUUUUGGAAUGCAAUCGCAACAUGGUGGACAGAAUCAUUCAGUUGGUGAAAACGAAACUGGAAUUGCUGAUCGGUCUCGAUUUGGUCAUCGCCGAAGCAUACAUGGACUGGGCUAAAGCUGAAUGUGGACGCAAAAAUCUGGAAGAAACUCUAGCAAAUCUCAAAGCUCAACUGGGACCAUCAUUUAGCUAUAGCAUGUUAUAACACUCCAUUUGCUAAAUUGACAAAGGAACAAUUCAUACAAUUUACUGCUGUCUAUAAAGGUUUUUUGAGCGAGUCAGAAGAGGCAACAAUAACUUCUUUGUUCAUGCAU